UCUUGCAAGCCACAGCCACCAAAAAAACCUCAAAAAAUUCCACACAGCCGUUGACACAGAGAGAGAGAGAGAGAGAGAGAGAGAUGGCUCUGGCUCUGUCUCUGAGGUAUCGUCGUGUUAAAGAAAUUUCAAGGUGGUUUCUACAACCACUUCUCUACUACUCAGGUGGUUGUUAUCAGCAAUAUGGAAAAGGUUUAAGCUCAGUGCCAUUUUCUCCUCAACCAAUUGCUAAUGGGACUUUACUGAGAGGGUUUCAUCAACAUAGGGAUUAACAAUGACAGGAAUUUAUUUAGGGACUAAUCUGAAAAAAUAUAUAUUUUACUCCGUUGUCCAUGGCGGAGAUCCAAAAUCCCACCAUACUGGACGCUUUGUGGCACCGUUGUAGCAGAUUAUGGCGGGAAAACCCGCAAUGUCGGCUGAUAUUUACCAUUGCGUCAUAUUCAGGUUCUCAACAUUGGCUGAUCUAUCACAUGAACAUGCUCCUGAAGUUGAUCUUUUGUCUUUCAUAAAAUCUUCUUUGGAUGAACUUGAAGUUUCAGGCACCCAUCAUUAUUGGUUAAACAGAUCUGUUAAAAAUAAACAAUUUUUUGGUAUUGAUGGAAUUCAUGGAACUUUUUUGGUUCUUGCUGCAAGCAAUUUCGAAUGUGGCAUUAUGUUUCAAAAGUUGAAGGCGAUUCAGGAAAGGUUUCCUCAUAUCACUGUUAUGGGCUUUAAGCUAAGUAAUUCUUCUGAUCGUGAGAACCUAAUACAAUUACUGCUGACAGAAAAUGCCACAUUCCCUAUUUUGUUGUCUCAUGGGACAUUUCCUCAGAUAAAGAAUGGGGCAUGCUACAUAUUAUUUGAAAAUUUUAAGAGCCCAAUGACUUGUUAUGCGAAGGACGUCAGUCUUGAAAUUCUAUAUCAAGCUAUUCAAGGGUUACAGAAGCAACCAAGUGAUGAUUCUAAGUUGCUCAAUGUCUUGAGAUCUACAUCUUGGAAGCAAGAUAUUAUCACUAAGGAUCAGUAUAUUUGUUCACCUCUACAGAAUUUACUUCUAUUUUACCCAGGCUGCGUCUCUGCAGAUGAAAGCGCUAACCGCCUCUUCAUUUCUGAUUGCAAUCAUCAUAGGAUUAUUGUAUGCGAUGGCGAUGCGAAGAUUAUCGACUGUAUUGGCUCUACCCCAGGAUUUGAGGAUGGUGAUUUUGAAUCUGCUAAAUUAAGACGUCCGGCUGGUUCAUAUUACAAUGCUAGUGAGGAUUGCUUAUAUUUUUUGGAUUCAGAGAACCAUGCUAUUAGGAGGGCAGACAUGAAAGCACGUUUAGUGCAAACUCUUUAUCCGACAAGCACAGUUAAAAAAGGAGGCAUAUGGAACAGGAUCAUGAGUAAGCUUGGUCUAGAAAGCAGUGUGGAGACCAAUGAUGAGGAAAAACCUGAAGUAUUUGAUUCUAAAUCAUUAUAUUUCCCAUGGCAUCUAUUGAAAUCAGAUGACGACACUCUCUAUAUUAUAGACCGCCGGUUUCAAACUUUAUGGACCAUGGAUUUAGGUUCAGGAAAAGUAGACGGAGUUUUUGAAGGUUCUCCUAAUAUUGUUGAGAAAUGCGGUCAGCUGAUCAGACAAAAUUUAUCCAUCUUAGAUAAAAUUCCCUCUGACCAGUUUCAACAGAAAACUAAUAAUGUGUGUGUGCUUGAUGGCCUCCCACAUUCUGUUCUUUUAUCUUCGUCGACAGCCUUGCAGAAUCACAUGUUCAUUUGUGAUAAGGUUCGACAGAGGAUUCUGAAGAUCGAUAUUGAAUCCGGGGUCUCUUUGGACUUCCAGUUAUCUAAUUUAGGGUUACUUGGAUUUCCUUAUUGGUUGAAUUCCCCUCCGGAAAUGUUUUAUGCAGGUGGAAAUGGACUUUCAGAUACCGCAAUUGAUCAUCUGGAACAUUUUGAUUUGCUACCAGGCAAGAUUGACAUACAGUUGAGUGUGGAUGUUCCUCCGGAGUUUGAGCUUGUAGAGCCAUUACAAGAAUCCUGUAUAUGGCGCCAAGCAAGAGGUUCAGCUACUGAAAUCUCUGGAAUGGAUGAUCCACAAUCCAUAGAGAAGGUUGGGGUUGCACAACAGUGGUACGCAGACUUGGACUAUCUUGCAACUCUAAAACCCAAACCUGAAAUGACUGAAGAUGAUAAUAACCCGGCUGAAAAUAUCGUUGUGGAAGAAGAUGGGAAAAUUUGCAUUACUAGUACUGUCCUCACUAGCCCCGGAACAAGCGAGGUUGUUAUUUUUGCUGUACUGUAUUGUAAACUUAGAAAAAUUCCAAACUCAAAUGGUGGUAACCAAGAGAAAUAUGCAGCAAGGAUUCUUGAUUUUUUGAGCUCUAAGAGAUCUGGUAAAAGAGAGAGAGAUUCAUGGAAUACAUUUCUAUUGCAAUCUAAAGGAGAUUUAAGAGAUCUUAUUUUCACAAAACUGGUACACGUCAGAGUAAGAUUAAAUUGUUUUGAUCAUCUUAAGACUGAUAAUGAAAAGGAUUUCAUCUUAACAGAUUCCUCAAUUAAAGUGAAUGUGUUGCUCAAGUGACAGUUAGAUUUUAGGAACACGUUAGUGUCCUGUGUUUUAUUCUUUUGAAUGUAUAAUCAAAGUUGGUAUUUAGCAACUUUUUGCACCAUUGUUUCAAGAGUAGUAGCUUAAAAAUAGUUCUUGUGAAAGAUCUUUUGUUUGUUUUGAAUAAAAUUGAUUUUUCUUCUGGAAUUUCUGUACCAAGGAUAUUUAUUUGUAUAAGAACUUGAGUGUCUUGUGAAACGAAAUCUGAAAUGGUCUCUGUAGUAUUUGGAAACAAGUUGUAAUAUUUGGACAUAUACUGAUAUACAGCGUUAUUCAUCCUAUCCAUUUAUUGA